AUGCCGAAGGCUGUCGAGUAUGCCACUGCAGAUGCCCUCAGUGACCUGAAGGCCGAAGUGCAGCAGUUGGCCUCCAAUGCGAAGAAGCGAGACGAGUUUGUAAAGGGCCAGAUUACCAAGCUUGAGCAGCUGACCUCCAUGUUGGAAAAGGACAGCAGCUACACGCUGAACCAGCAUCAACAAAAGAUACAGGACCAGGAAGAAAGCAUGAAUAAGCUGCAGUCGGAGACAACGGAUCUCCGACAAGAGCUCAAUGGCGAGGUGUCCAAGGUCGCCGACUUGAAGACGAAGGCAGACUUUCUGGAAGAGCGCGUCACCAGUAGAGCCCUGAGACUCAUUGACACCGGCCCACCAGUGAUCGUUGUUGUGGUUGCUGUAGUUGCAGUGGUUGCAGUGGUUGCUGUCGCAAUGAUGGCGUUCAUGAUCUGGCCAACCAAAACUACAAGGAGCACCUGGAGGCGCUUGGGAAAUUCUGGGGCUUUCGUGUUCUUUGCGUAUUUUUUGCGCGCCAAGGAGCUGAAGAAAGCUCGGCAGGACCUGGAGAAACAUGCUUUGGAAGCGGCGCGCAAGGAAUGGAAGCUGCAAUUCAACCCAUCCCCACUUGCUCCUUUCCUCGCAUCCCGAUACACGGAUCCAAGGCAGAAGAGGAAGGCGAAGAAAGAUUUGGAUGGGGCCACAUCCGCAGUGCGUGGGGAGAUGAGUAAAGGACUUCAGGAACUUCAGAGCCUCUGCUGCACAGGGGGUCCUAGCGGCUUUGAACCUGAGACCUCCAAAGAUUGUUUGUUGCAGCGUCUGGCACGAGAUUUCGUGAGCAUGCUUGGUUGCAAAAGCCCAGGCUUCGGGUUGAAGGUGCAGGCGGGCGAGAGGCAGAGUUUUGCAGCGCUGGAGCAGAACAUGAGAGAGACGCGGCAGGCCCUUGAGGAGAAGUGCAACACCAUGGUCGAGGAGAGCAGGCAGAAGCAGCAGGCCCUGGAACAGUCAUUGGAGAAGAAGAUUGCCCAGGCUGAAGCUGCCUCGAAGCAGCUGACCGAAGAGCAGGUGUCGCUGGAAAAGCAGGCCCGUCAGCACGAGGAGGAGGUGAUGCAUGCAGAGCUGAAGAAGCUAGACGGUGAAAUGAAGGAGCUCAGGCAAGACGCCGAGGAGAGCCAGCAGCAGCUGCAGCAAUUCCGCCGCGAGGCCGAAGACCGGAGCGCGGCAGUUCUAGCAGAGAACCGGGCAAAUGUCGAGCUGCUGCAAGGUGAAUCUGCGCGGCUCAACGCUUUCUGUGCUGGUGUGUCCGGACUGCCGACCAGACAGGUGGAGUGGCGGCUCCCAGAAGAUACGCUAAAACAGCUGGAGAAGGUUCAGGAUCAUGAGCCUGUAGACGACCCGUCUCUGGUGGGAGACGCGCAGGCCAGCUUCUUUUCGCCGCCCUUCGAGGCGGCUGGGACUCGCGGCAUGCAGCUGGAGCUCCGUGUGCACACGCGCCGCUCGGCGCCCGGGGACGAGGAGGAUGCCUCUGGAAACGUCUGCUCUUUGUACCUGUGGGCCUGUCGUGGCCUGCAGCUGGUCUUCCGCCUCUUUUUAGGAACGGAGUCCGUCGUCCUGCGGCACAGCUUCGAUGGGAAAUCGCCUUGCGGUAUGAAGCGCAUGGGCUCCAUUAUUGAGCAGAAGUCACUGGAUGGCUCGCUGAAGCUCGGAAUCGAGAUCCAUGAGUCCUUGGUGGAGAGCACUACGGGUUCCAGCAGUGCCUCCGAUCCAAUGGCUGCGCCGGCAGACGAACCGGUUGAAUCGCGCGGGCCUGUGGACGGAGUGCUCGCGGUGCAGCGGUACGUGAACCACCGGCUGCUGGAACUGAUGCAGUCGCAGGGGAAGGCUUUCUUGGACCAGCUGCACAAGAAGGUGGACGUCAUGCGCUCACGCGCGGUGCGGCGCGUGCAGUGGCGUCUUGAGAAUGGCCCGAUGCUGUAUCAGAAUUUCUCCAAGGAGCAGGCUGUGCGAAGCACGGCCUUCCAGGCAGCGGGCGUUUGCGGCAUGCAGCUCGUAUUUUACCCGCAAGGGUGCGCUGGUGCACGGCCGGGCUUUUGCUCUGUCUUCCUGAGCUGCCCGCCCAACGUCACACUGCGCUGCUGGCUUUGGGCUGGACGGCUUCGGAAGGAGGCGCGGCAGGAGCCAGCUGAGCAGCCGGAGCUGCUCGGGCGCGUGAACUUCGCACGCUUUGAGAAUGUCAUCGAUCCAGUUGAUGAGUCCGUGGAGCUCGUGCUGGAGAUCGAAGAGGCGCAACUGGCAUCCAAGACAACCAUGAGCAGCCAACCGAUGCCGAUUGAAGAUGGGGCAUCGCGCAUGGACGCAAGUGAGUUCAGCAAGCAAGGACCUGCCAUUCAGUCCAUGUCGGAACCAUCCAAGACGGAUGGCCGAAUCGAGCGUGCAGAUGUGCAGCGGACGAAGAUCCAGCAUACCGGAGGCAAGCCGCCUCCAGAGAGCGUUCAGCAGCUGCCCUCCAUUUGGACAACGCAGGGGUUCCACAGCUUCGGAGAGCUGGAAGAAGGAACUUCCACCCGUGCAAAUACCGCCAGCACGGCAAAGGCCGCCUCGACGAACCAGUCGUCUCCGACUCCACGGCUCGCAGGCAAGCCAGGUCCGCGGAAAGGCGGCGGCCGAGCCCCUCUGUCUGCGCGGGAGGCCAAGUACAAGGAGCGAACGGCACAAAUGCCGAACACCCGUUGGAGAGGUUAA